CGGUCCGGCAGGAUUUACGACAGCACGCUGGUCGUACGGCCGGUAGUGUAGUCGCUACGACAGUAAAGGUAACAUGUGAGAAGUUUGGUUUGCUUAAUGAGACUUAACUUUAGAGAUUUAAUAAACUUUACACUGCCAGAGGCGCCAUGCACGAAAGGUCCCUUCCCGCCUCUCCCAACUGGUACUGCUCCCGCUGCAGUGACGUCAGCAGGAGCGGUUUACUGGGCGUCGGAGCCAAAAACAUCAUCUUCUUGAUUGACGUGUCUGCGUCCUCCUGCAGGGUCGUAGGUGAGCUCGCCGGCCAUCGAGACCUGGUGUCAGGUUUCUCUUUCUGUCAGCAUGCAGGGCAGAGUCACCUCUGCGUCAGCUCCUCCAACGACGGCUGCAUUCGCUUCUGGGAUUCAGACAACAAGGUUCUCAUAAAGGAACAUGCAGCUCAUCAGACCCCCGUGGCAGCGGUGCACUGGUCUCCGGUGGAUAAGAACCUGGUGGUGUCUGGAGAUGAGAAGGGUGUCGUGGUCUGUCACUGGUUCAACACAGGCGACACCUCCAGCUUCUUUCCCGAGCCCAGGACCAUCUUCUGCCUCACCUGCUCGCCUCACACCUGGAGCACUGUGGCCGUGGGGUACAAAGAUGGGAUGAUCGUACUGAUCGAUUUGAGUAAGAAAGGCGAGGUGAUUCACCGCCUCCGGGGACACGAUGAUGAGAUUCACUCUCUGGCGUGGUCGUCGCUGGUUGGUGAGGAUGCUCUGUACAACAGACCUGAGGACAGUGAAGUAGCCAACAGUGGAGCUCCUGCUGGAGAUGGGACGGGCUGCUAUCUUGCAUCUGGGAGCAAAGACCAGACGGUGAGGAUCUGGAGCUCAGCGAAGGGGAAAAGUGUGAUGACUCUGAAGCUGCCGUAUGUGAAGAAAAGAGGCUCUGCAGUCGACCCCGGGGUCAAAGAGAGACUCUGGCUCCAUGUCCACUGGCCCAGGGGACAACCGACACAACUCGUGUCCAGCUGCUUCAGUGGUGAGUUGGUGAUGUGGGACUUGACCAGGACUGGGAAGCAGAGGUGGACUCUGUUCGGGACGUCUUCAGAGGGUCAGAACCACAACAGGAUCGUAUUCAACAUGAGUUCAGUCCUCGUGCAGGACAACAGAGAGCUGCUCAUCAGCACCUCCAUGGACAGAGAGAUUAAAUGCUGGGAUCUGGCCUCUCUGGACUGCUGCUGGACCCUGCCCACGCUGGGUGGUUUCGUCUAUGCCCUGACCUUCUCUCCGGUGGGCACAGGGUGUCUGGCGCUGGGCGUGGGCGACAACAUGAUCCGGGUGUGGAACACACUGACCACCCAGAACCAGUAUGACACCAGGUCCUUCUGGCAGGGCAUCAAGUCCAAGGUCACAGCGCUGGCGUGGCACCCGAGAAAAGAAGGAUCCUUGUCUUUUGGAACAGAUGAUGGUAAAGUCGGUAUCUACGAUGUCUUCUCAAACAAGCCUCCUCAGAUAUCGAGCUCCUAUCACCGAAAAACGGUGUACACGUUGGCCUGGGGACCCCCAGUCCCCCCGAUGUCAUUUGGUGCAGCGGGAGGAAAGUCGUCCAUCAGCCUGUACAGUUGCGCCGGCGAGGGCACCAUCCUUCAGCACGAUCCGUCCAGGCUGAGCGGUGAAGCUUCCGACAUCGACAAGCUGAUCAGAGACACCAACAGCAUCAAGCACAAGCUGUCUCCACACACCGACCUCAGCUGGAAGCCAGAUGGGAAAGUGGUUGCCAUCGGCAACGAGGAUGGGUGUAUUGAGGUGUAUCAGGCUCCUAGUCUGAAGCUGCUGUGCAGCAUCCAGCAGCAUCACAAGAUCAUCAACACGUUGCGGUGGCAUCAUGACCACAGCUCUGCACCGGAGCUGCACUGCCUCCUGGCCUCGGGCUCCAGCAACGCCAUCGUCUAUGUGCACGACCUCCGCGCCAUCAUAGAGAAUCCUCCAGAAAGCCCCGUGGUGUUGACGGAGCCUCAUCGCAGGCUGUGCGGUCAUACAGCUAAAAUCACGGAUAUGGCCUGGAGUCCACACCACGACGCCCGGCUGGUAACCGCCUCGUAUGAUGGCACAGCCCAGGUGUGGGACGUGCUGCAGGAGGAGGCUCUCUCUAACUACCGGGGUCACAUCGGUUAUCUGCUGUGCGUGGACUGGUCGCCCGUCGACCCAGACGUGAUCUGGACCGGAGGGAAGGACUUCACCUUGCAGGAGUGGAGAGUCUCCAAACAAGAGUUUACAAAGCCGCCUAAAGGGAAAAAGAUGCUGGAGCUAAAGGAGAAGACGAAGACCAACCCUAAGCAGAAGAAGAAGAACAAAAAGCCACCAGGUGCCGGAGGAGCUGUACCACUAGAGAUGAACGGAGGACCAGUCACAGGACCAAAAGCAACGAAAGAACAGGAGCCGUCUGAGGAUGAGGAAGAUGAAGUCAGCUCAACCAACAGUUCUGUACCAACAGUCUCUUCAGAGUCACAAUGGAAAUCCUCUGCUGCCAUAAAGAGCAAAGACAAAACAGACCUGCUGAAGAAGAAGAAGCCGCGCUCCAUGCUGCCCAUCAGCACCUCCAUGGACCAUCGGCCCAAAGAAGAUCUGCUGCAAGACUGCAUCAAUCUGGCCUCAGUCAAACACAGCAAGGCGCCCCCUGCAGGCUGUGUCCCAGGACAGGGAGAGCACAUCCAUCUGGGCCUGUUCUCUGACAGACAGGCUCUGUAUCGCAUGUUUGAGGCAGAAGAGGAGGCUCACGUGGAGGCGGCUCACUUCGACUGUGUCGUGUACCUGCGGCUGUGGAGCGGAGACCUGGAGGGGGCGCUGCAGCUCGCCACAGAGAGAGGAGAGCUGAACGACCACCUGCUCUCAGUCGCUCCUAUGGCCGGGUUCGAGGUGUGGAGCCGGACAGUGGAGGCCUUCGUCAAGCAGCUGUGCCUGCAGGAGCAGUACCUGAAGGCAGCAUCCCACCUGCUGUCAGUCAACAAGCUGUACGAGGCCGUCGACCUGCUGCGCUCGCACAAACUCUACAGGGAGGCCAUCGCUCUGGUCAAAGCCAGACUGCCAGCAGAAGAUCCCGUCCUGAAGGAGCUGUACACCUGCUGGGCCGCCGUGCUGGAGAAGGACGGACAUUUCUCCGCAGCUGCUAAAUGUCACCUGGCUGCUGGUGCCAGUUUUGACGCUGCUAAAGUCAUCGCCAGGAAGAGUGACGUGUCCUCGCUGAGGACGGCGGCCAGCCUAGCGAGAAUCUCGGGAGAGGUCGCUCUGGCUCAGUCGCUGGCGCUGAGGUGUGCUAAAGACCUGGCUGCUGCUCUGGACUGGGUCGGAGCCCAGGAGGUCCUGAGCUCACAGGAGAGUCUGUUGGUCCACAGGCUGCACCUCUGCGUCGCCGAGCUGCUGGCUGCGAUGCUGGCGGACCCCCAGGUUGAAUCUCAGUCCUGCGUCUCCAGUCACCCGUGGGUGUCUCUGGGUGAGCGGCACGUCUGCCUCCAGGACCGAGUGAGAGACGUGUGGGAGCAGCAGUUUGGGGUUUCACAGAAGUCAGAAGGACGCCGCGGCGUCGGAGCUCUUCUGCAGGAGCUGAAGUCUGCAGAGAGUCCAACACCCACCCCCAAUGUUCCUCUGAGACAGGUCCAGCUGUAUUCAUCCCUUCACCUGACGCGUGCUGUGUUGAGCUGGUUGUUGGACGAUGAGGGGCAGCUGAUCAAGGAGCUGUGGAAGGCAGUGGCCUGGUUCAGAGAUGCCGGACACCUCAGUGUCUCUGCGGAGCUCUGCAGGCUGCUGUUUCCUGACGCCGAUGUGAGUGUUUUUUCAAGGAAACAUCCCAAAAUACUUGAUCACACAGAAGAAGAAGCCAAAGCUGCUGCCACCAGUCUGCAGGCUUUUAUCAACUACCAGCACCUGUAUGAGCACUGGUGGAGGAGCUCCACCCGGAUCACGAACGGAUCAGCAGCUGACUCCAGACCUGCAGACGAGCUGAAGGAUAAAGUGAUGAACGGAGAAAUAUCGGAGUCAGAAGAGAGUGUCUGCCCGGUGACUAGGUGGUGUGAUAAACUGGACUUUGAUGCAUCUCUGCUUCUGUCUGAGCGUCACGCAGCCUGUCAGGCCGUCCAGAGGUCGGUGAGGGAGGUCCAGGAGCGGCUGGCAGCCAUGGUGGUGCAGCACAGCAGAGCCCAGGAAGGGAAGCCCGACUCUGCGGAGAAAGAGACAGACGGUCCCACGCAGAUCUCCACGACCACAGAGUCACCUGGCAGCCAGGCGUCCGCUGAUGCUGGGCGACGGCCCGAGGAUCAGGACACUCUGCUCACUUUGUCUUCCAAGAUGUCAGAACACCAGAAACAGCUGGUCGAACUGCCUGACACAGUCAAGAUGUAUCCUCACCCAGACGUUGUUGAAUGCUGCCUGGUCCUCCUGCACGUCAGCAAGGCUUCACCCUCCGUCUCCGAGUCCCUCCAACAACAGGCCAAAGAUCUCCUCCGCAAAUAUGCAACUGGCCCCACCGUCCACAAAGCCUCCAAACAGUUCCUCACCUGAAUCUUUCGUUAAUAGUAUGAACUGAAAGCACUUAGACUGUACAGCUUUUUGUUGAAUUAAAAAAAAAACAUUGGUUAUGAAA